CUUUCGUGCAGACGCAGGCUCAGGCUGUGAUUAAACGAAGGUGUUGCUGUUGUAGCACUAGGUCACUUUGAAGAGGGGCAGCCAUGAUCGCCCGAGUGCUCGGACCUCGCUACCAGCAGCUGGCUAAAAAUUGGGUCCCCACUCUCUUUACAUGGGGUACAGUAGGAGGUGUUGGAUUGAUUUGGGCCACAGACUGGAGGCUGUUCCUGGAUUAUGUUCCAUAUGUAAAUGGAAAAUUCAAAAACGAUGACUAA